AUUCGAACAGCACCUCAUCUCAUCUACCCUGCCAGAAAGGCUUCAGUUUCUAUACACAUAUUUUAGUUUUGUCACCAAUCAUUUCUCUCUAUAAAUCAGAGCCUUUAAGUAAAACAAAAGCUUCUCUUAUAAGAAUUUCAGUGCUCUCUUUCUUUCUUCUUAAUUCAAUGGCCUCUCUGCAAUCAUUGAAGUUAUCUCUACAACUUCUUGCAUUUUCCAUCAUUGCCUUCUGUAUUAAUUCUCCAAUUUCAAUUCACGCACUUAACAUUGGCAUUGAAACUAACGCUGGCCUCUCCUUGGAAAAGGAAUGCAGUAGAACAUGUGAAUCAAAGUUCUGUAUAGUUCCUCCACUUCUAAGAUAUGGGAAGUACUGUGGAAUUAUGUAUAGUGGAUGCCCAGGGGAACAACCAUGCGAUGGACUUGAUGCUUGCUGUAUGACGCAUGAUCUUUGUAUACAACAUAAAGGAAAUAAUUAUCUAAAUCUAGAGUGCAACCAGAACUUCCUGGAUUGUGUGGCUAAGUUCACAAAAUCAGGAGCUCACUCGUUCAAAGGGAAUACAUGUUCAGUUAAUACUGUUGUGACGGUUAUCACUGAUGUUAUUGAUGCUGCUAUCGCUGCUGUAAAAAUUUUCAAGAAACCUUAAUCUUUCUAAAAAACAUUUUUCCUAUUUGGGAGGUAACGAUGGGGAAAAAGUAACAAAGCUAAAAAAAGAAGGAAGUUAGUAAUAUAUUGUUUGUUCUAUUCUGAUUCA